CGAGACGGUGAUUGGUCAAGUACCAUGUAGUUUUUUAAGUUUAGACCGCACAUUGUAAGUUCCGAAGUUGGAUGGCAAGAGACUGAACAGCCGUCUGUAGCUGUCACAUUCUCCGGAGUCUGGAGUAAAGUCAGCCAUCACGGAGUCGGGCAAAGCCUUUGGGGGGGCCAUGUCUGGGGGUGGUGCUGCCAACAACAGUUGGACCAUCCUCACAUCUGAGGAGACGGUUGCUGAAACCCUGAGGCCCUUUGCAGAGGGAACAGAGCAGCAUGAAGAAAGCCAUGCAUCUGCUGCAGGACCUGGAGAGAAAAAUCAGCCUGCGAAUAGUCCCGAGUCUGCAGAAGAAAUACUCCCUGAGGACAAUUGCCUAGUAUCUGAAGAAAAAACAGCAGAUCAAAAUGCUGACUCAAACUCCGAUCAGCGCCCGUCUGUUCCUCUAUCUGCGGAUGUCUCUGGCACCUUGGACCAUGGUAAUGUCAAAAGCAGAACUGAGGGACUGUCAAAGUCUUGCCUUGACCCGGAUUCAUCCUCCGACUCCUACACCCUCCUGACGCCUUCCUCUGAUGGGCCCCCAGUCUCACUGCUCAGCACAGAGACUCUAGGAGGUGCAGAGUUUUCACAGGCAGAAGAGGAGCUUCCACAAGAAGAAACGCUUUAUUUGCAAAAUAGGGACGAGCCUCAUCUAGAGGUGGAGGAGUCAGGAGUCGGUGAAGAAAGGUCAGAGAAGAAAGAGGAGAAGGCCGAGCCAGAGGAGAGGAGGAAAAAGUCUCUUCUGGAGCAGAUUGGAAGAAGGGAAGAGGAAGAGGAAGAAGAAGAAGAAGAAUUUCAGGUGCCACAGCGAGAGAACGACGGUGUGUUCUCUCUCAACAAGUGCAUCGUGGCUGCUCUCAUUCUGUUGGGUCUCGGCACCAUCUUUUUCUCUGGUGUCUUCAUGGACUUCGAUGGGGAGAGUGAGCAUACAAGGGAACCGAAGGAUACAGAAGCACCAGAAAAACAGGAGUGGCUUAAUCCCGAAGUGCCUCCACGCUUAGAUCCCAACAGCUCUGAACUCCUGAAUAAGUUAUUUGAAGGGAACCAACAGAUUUCUGCACUACAAGCUCAGCUUCAGGCACAGAAAGAGGAGCUAAAAGUAGCCAAGGAGCAGGCAGAGGAGGGAGUGAGGGAGCAGCUGCUCUGGGAGGAGGUGGAGAAGGAAAACAGUAGGUUGAAGACAGAGAUUGCAUCUCUCCCUGUCCUUCAGAAGGAGAACGACAGGAUGAAGAAAGAGUUGGAGUCUUUCCCAACCCUACAGAAAGAGCUGGAAACGCUGAGAUCCACUGUGACAAACCUAAAACUCUCCCCAGCAGCCAGUCAUGCAGACCAAGCAAGCGUGAAACCCUCUACAUCCCCACCUAGUGGACAAACAAUAAAUGGCAGGCAGGAUGCAGCUGGACCCACAGAAAAUCAGCCCAGGAAGACUUGGGAAGACCAGAGGCAGAAGAAAGAUCUAAAAAGGGAUACAUAUGAAAUGAAGGAGAGAGAUAAGUCACUUAGGAAGGAAGGAAAUGAAAUGGACCUUAAAAAAGGAGAUAAAAUGGAAUGGAAGAAGGAAAAACAUGAGCAUGGGAAGCUUGAGAAGGACAAAGACAAGCCAGGAAAGCAAAAGAGGCAAAGUGAUGAGAAGAAACAGUGGAAGGAGAAAGAGUUGAAGAAAGAUAAAGGUGGAAGAGGAGAUGAUGGAAGGCCCUGGAAGGAUAAGGACGGUAGGAAAGAGUUUAAGGAAGAGAGCAAUUGGAAAAAGGGAAUCUUUGAGAAAGUACAUGAAGGUAAAGAAUGGUCAGGUAAGAUGGAGAAAGAGGAAUGGCGAGGAGGGAAGCAUCAAGAUCAGAAGCAAAAGGGAAGGGAGGAAUGGAAGGGAGAGAUGGGGUGGAAAAAAGGGAAACAUGAAGCCAAGGAGAGAAAAGAUUGGAGAGAGAAAGGAGAUAAAGAUCCUGAGCGGAAGGAUAAAAUUGGCAAGGAUCAUGGUAAGGAAAGGAAGGGAAAGGGUGAGAGGAAGCAGUGGGACAAUAGCAAAAGUCAGGGUAAAGAGAGGACAGGGAAGGAUGAGAGGAAGCUGUGGAAUGAGUAUGAGAGGAAGAGCAAAAAUGGAAAACAAGAAAAGGAAUUGAGGAGGAAGGACGAGACCUCAGAGCAGUUUAAAAUCAAAGAGAUGAAACUGAAAGAGAAAAAGCACAAUGUAGAUGGUGAAAAAGAACAGUCAUACUCCCUGAAAAAAACAAACAAACACAAAUCUCGAGGUAGCCAUGGCCACCAGGAGGAGCACCUGUAUGGAGACCAAAAACACGACCACACCCACCGCAAACCCUCCGUGGGUCAACCGGAGUACUGGCUCCAACAAAAGGAACGCCUCCAACACGACCCCAGACCCCCACAGCAGUGUAACACGGUGGAAACCUGCGCCCAGGCGGAGGGGCUCAUCCCUGUCCCAUUAUCAGAGUUCGAAUCCGUACUGCAGAUGUAUCUAACCAAGGCGGAGGAGGCCGGGGUGGAUGGAACCAAAACAGUGGAGCUCAGAAAACUCGCCUUGGAGUCCUUCAAGGAUGGCAUGUUUCUGCACGACCAAAGGAGCUUCCAGGACUUUGUUGAUAAUCUGGCAGAUAUUUUGGAAGAUAUGGUGGAGGAUGGUGGAGAGGAAGAUAGCGACCUGGAGGAUGAAAUGGAAGGGUUUGAAAAAGAAGUCCUGAAAAGGUUUUCACUGCCAGGAGGUGGGGAGAAGGAGAAGAAGAGGAUUAAAGGAGAAUGGAGGAAGGAGAACAGACAGGAACAUGGCUGAUUAUGAUUUGAUAGGCUGGAGGACUUUUUGACCACAGUUGCUUCAAUGUGUCCAUGAGGCAGUCAUCCCUUUUUGUUUCACUACUACCUGUUAAUCCAUGUUGCUAAACUUUAUUCUCCCUCAUACCUUCACCGUAUUGAACAGGCUGAUGGGAAAGCUGCUAAGUGUUAAUGAUUUUAACAUCUGGAGAACAAGAUUUUUGCCCAUUCAGCUUUGCAAAAUACCUCCAGCUCAGUCAGAUUGGAUGGGGAACAUCUGUUAACAUCAAUUUUCAAAACAGAUUCUCAGUUAAAUUUAAAUGUGCAGUUUGUCUGAGCCAUGAGUAUGCUUUGAUCGAAAUCCUUCCUUGCAGCUCUGACUGUAUGAUUGAAGGGUCGUCCUGCUGGAAGGUGAGACUCCAUCUAAGUCUCAAGUCUUCUGCUAAAUAAACAUUCUUCUCCCCAUCAUCUCCGACCAGCUUCUCUCUCCCUGCUGAAGAAGCCAUCCCCACAACAUGAUCCCGCCACCACUGUGUGUUCAUGGCCUUCCACCACACAUAUGUAGGUCAAAAGGUUACGUUUUGGUCUCAUCUCACCAGAGCACCUUCUUCAACAUGUUUGCUAUGUUCUUCUCCAUGGCUUCCUGUAAUCUGCACAUUGAACCUCUUAAGGCUUACUUUCAGAAAUGGCUUUCUUCUUGCAGUAUAAAGCUUUUAACAUCAAAAGUUGGGUUCUGAUUUUUGUGUUGAGCUACUAGAGCCUAUGGAAACAUCCACUGGUGUUAAAAUAUUUAGUUAUUGUGAGUUUAUACCUUUCGGUACGGUUUGGAUGUUUUGAACUUCGUUUCUAGAAUUGAAUACAUUUUAUUUUAUUUAAACACUUCAUGUUCAUACGUCACUGUUAAUGUUUACUAAAUGUUCACUCACUGGGCAAACAGGUUGUUAUAUUUAUUUAUCACUGGAUCUUACUUAUGUUUAAUGGCUUAAUAAACCAUUUCUAUUAAAUCUGGGUUUAAUGUGGGUCAUUAAAGAAAUUUGAUGGAUAAUUUAUGUGUUGUGUGAGAAUUUGGCAUUGACCUUUCUUAUCAUUUGUAAAUAUUGCAUCCAGCAUGUUUUGUUUAAGUAAAGAAGUAUUUAAUUGUGUUUAAAACGGCAGGCAUUGUAUAGAAAUAAAUGUGGGGCACAUAAGAUGCUGGCAUGUUCAGCAAGUAUGCUUGUUUUAUAUCUUUCCGUUGAAUAGGUUAAUUUAAUUAAAAUCAUUUGUAUGUUUACAUGCUGGCUGAUUGUGGUUCUUUUGUCAAACAUUUGACUUAGGAUGUUUGUUUUUGCUUUAACAUCAAAAACAAAUAAGCAGGUAUAGUCUUUUUUUUUUUUGGUGAAAUAGCUUGAUUAUCUUUUAUUUUAAUUCUAUUUAAAACCCUUUCUCCAAAGAACAACAAAUACAGUCAUCUGAAUUUGUGUUUGAACCUUUUGGUCCCAGUAAAUGAAAAUGCUCAUUGUUACUUUUCAGAACUUUGCUCUUUAGUUUUGGUCUGUAAGAGUAACCUGCUGAUGUCAUUGACUUCCCAUGUGACCCCCAUAGCAUAAGGUUUGAAUUUUCCCAAAAUAAAUCAUUCAUUUAAAUUCA